AUGAAUACGUUUAAAGACGAAUCAAAAAAAUUUUUGUUCCAAACCCUUAUAGGAAAACAAUUAUAUAUACAACGGGGCCUGUCUUGGCACAAUACUGGGUUGCCCAGAUUCGGCCGAACAAUACUGGCCCACGACUGGACCACUACUCAGCUGACAAGUCUUGGUUUGCCAGUCUUGGACCAAGACCCAGCCAAUAUUCAACUGACAAGCCUUGGUUUGCCAGUCUUGAACCAAGACCCAGCCAAUAUUCAAUUGACAAGUCUUGUUAAACUACUCUUGUACCAAGAUCUAGCCAAUAUGUCUAUAUGUAACAAGUCUUAUUGGUUUGCCAGUCUUGGACCAAGACCCAGCCAAUAUUCAAGUGACAAGUCUUGGUUUACUACUCUUGGACCAAGACCCAGCCAAUGUCUAUGUAAUGAGUCUUGGUUUGCCAGCCUUGAUUCAAGAGUUAACCAAUAUUUAAUUAACAAGGCUUCACAGAAAAAAAAAGUUAACUUUUUUUUAAGAAUCGAGUGUGAAGAGUGGGAAGAGGCUAAUUAUUUUGAUGUUACGAAUAAACUCCAAUUCAUUAGGGAGGGGGGGGGGGUCAAAAUGGGGUAG